UGUUGUCAUAUGACUCAUAUCUUUGAAAUCCACGCUUCUUCUUUCCUUCCACGAGUCAUUCGUUUAUGCGAAUGCGAUACGAUCGCUUCAUUUUUUGAUUUCCUUCCGUUUCCACAUCUCCGAUCUCUUCUCCCUCCAUCCCGUCGAUUGCUCGACUUCCGUUUCCUGGGUGAUGUUAGGGUCCCUCUCGAUCGAUCCCAGUCGACGCCGAUCGAGUUAUUGCGUCUCCUAGAUCCCCCUUCGCUUCCCUCUAUCGGCCCGGAUUUCAGCAGGUAGGAACGGCUGCGGUUCGCUUUGAGUCUGUGUGAAGUUUCGAUCUUUUCGGCGUUUUGCCUUUGAUUUGGGGCGGAUUGCGUGGCUGGUUCGCGGGUUGCGAUGGUGGAUUGCCGGAGGCUGAUAGAGUUCUGCAGGGCCUUCGAGCAGCACCGAAACAUGGACAACUCGCAGGCCUCGUCGGCGAACCGGAACGGGAAUUCGAGGAGGAAGACCAAGUCUUUGAACCCCCUCUCCCACCCCUUCUGCGAGCACUCCGCCUUCGCCGCCAUCGACUUGGUGUUGUUGGUUUUGGUCCUUAUCGCCCUCGUCGUCCUUGCCGCCCCCUACUUCAAGUUCAUCUUCAGGGAGUCGUACGAGGUACUGCCGGUGGCGAUCGAAGUCAUGGGCGAGGUCAUGUAUCAAGCCCCCGUCGCUUACGCGGCGGGGCUUGUCUUCAUGUUCGCCACGGUGGUUGUUGCCUGGGAAUUCUUCAGCUACCAUGCGAGGAAGUGCGGCAAACCCUACUGCAAAGGAUUGCGGAAAGCGGUCGAAUUUGAUAUCCAGCUCGAGUCAGAGGAGUGCGUCAAAUCCUUGCCACGAUUGCCAAAGGAUGCUUUUGGAGCGCGCCCUUUGGACUUGGGACAAGAUCACAAGGAACUCGAAGCUGAGCUGAAGAAGAUGGCACCUUUGAAUGGACGCACUGUCCUCACCUUUCGCUCCCCUUGUGGAUGCCCCUUAGGAAGAAUGGAAGUUUGGGGUGCUAAGAGAGCAAGAAGGAUCAAAAAGUAGGUUGAUACAUCAUCUAUUACUAGAUACUUCUCCUUUGUCUCUAUACAGCAAGAAUAAAUUAAAAGGCUAGCUAUAGCAUCUCAGGAUUAUAUCAAUCUUUGCUCACUCUUUUUUUUCUGGAUAUGAUUAUUGUAUGAUCGGUUGGUUUCCAGAUGUCAUGAACAAUCAGGCUUGAUCCUCGUUGCUAUUCAUAAAUCAACAAACAUCAUAGUUACUGAAUA